AUGGCUUUCGCUCCGAAACUACUACAUAAUUAUGGGAUAUGCUUUUUCAGUGGUUGUGACUUUUUUAAAGCUAUAUAUUACUUGUCACAAAUCUUCUUAAGAGUUGAAGUGAAAAAUUUGCCUUCCGCUUUGGCAACUGUUUUAUGCAUACUUUCUGGUCACCAUUAUAGUGGCUUAUGUGUAACUUCCGAUUCGAAAGAACUAAUUAUAAUUCGUAACCCAUUUGCUUAUCGUUUUCAAAUAGAAAUUCUGCAAGUUUUAGGGCAAAAAUGGGAUUUAAAAGGUUUUUUAAUCUUAAUUAACCCAGAAUGCUCCUUUUUAUGUCAGGCGUUUCAUUUAAUUCAGAAAGGUAUUGGCAAUCAGCACCUGGAAUUAUGCAGAAAAAAAGCAAAAAUGUAUUCUAUUGUAGGCAGAAUGUCUGUUUAUAUUCCUAAUGAUUCUUUUUUGUUCGGUGCACUUAUCCUACUCGCUCACUCAAUUUCUCUCUACUUUUAUAAACUACAGCAGACAAGGUCACUGUCGUGCAGGAAAAAAUUUCAGAAUAGUCACCUGAAAAACAGGAUAUUCACUUUGGAAUUUCAUACAUUCCAUGAGAUAUUAUGGAGCGAUAAUUUAAAGGCAAAUGAAGCGAAGUCUCAGGUGUUGAAAGAGGAGAUCAAGCAGAGGUACAAAUUGGAAGGCGGCUUCUUGUUUGCAUGCAUUCACGACAAUAAUGUAUCACAUGCAACUAUUUUGUUUGUUGCAUACCCAGUCAGUCAAUCAUUAAACUACUCAUUCAAUCAGUUGCGGACAUUGAAUGAUUCAACAAUUAUAUUGUCGAUCACAAAUAUUUUACUUUAG